GACACAACUCGAUCCACGCAUCAAGCGUCGAUCGCAGUCGACUGACUGUCACUGACUCACUGACUGUCACUCACUGACACUGAUGCUGUUUUACUCGCCGCGACGCGACCAAGCGCGACGAGCCACAAGAGCGGGAAAGACACAUGACCGACCAGGGAAAUGCACAGUUCAAAUCUGAAUGCUCAUCCGCUGGACAGAAGCCUACGUUAUUAUAAUGUCAAACGAAGCAUAUGCACAACAAUGCAACGUGAGAGAAUUAAUGCGAGAAGAUGCGAACUCAGAAGUCUUUUUUCAAAAGUACACGUUAUCAGAAGAGACCGCAGCGAGACUCGAAUCCAUCAGAGAAAUGUUGAAGGAUGAUAUCGCCCAGGCUAAUCCGUUGUGGAAAGUUAUAGCAGGAGAGAAUGAAGAAGAAGUAUAUUCAGAAAGUGAGACCAGCAAUAAUGAUGAUGAAUCAAAUCAUAAUGAAUCACAGAUGAUGCAUGAUCAAUUAGUUGUACCAUCUACUCAAUUUUAUUUUACGCAAACUGAAAGAACAUUUGUAGAAACAUCUGAUACAUCUGCCGCAUUGCCACAAAGAUGUGAUAUUUUAGAGUCUGCUUGCGAGAGUUUAGAACGAAAUAAUGGUAGAUUAGACUUUGUUCAAUUAGAAAAUCUGUCCAAUGAAGAUCUUAUCCCAGUGGUGGAUGAGAUGGCAGGAAAAUUAAGUCUGAAGGGUAUUUACAAUUUGUGUGCAUCAAUGAAUAAUAUGACUAUCGAACAGAAAAUCAAAUAUCUCAAUGUAUUGUGCACACAUUUGUUGCUGCCAAAGAUAAUUGAACUUGAGGAGCCAUCUCGUUUAUUAUCAUCUGCAAUUGUGGAAUGCGUUAAAAACUUUCCUGAUGAGAUUCAGCAAUUUAUAUUUGUUCCUCUUCUCAAUGCUGAGUUAAAAGACACAAUGCUGAUCACCACUAUCAUAAACUCAUUUGAUCUGGAAAAGAAAGCAAUUCUUUUAGAAGAAUUUCUUGCAUAUGUCAAGGAGCUAAAGUCAUGGCACAUAUCUAUAUUACAAAACUUCUUAUCCGUAAGACUGGACCACAAUAUGACCGACAAAAUUACAAAACUAUUCUCGGGAAAGGCGCUUUAUUAUUCUAAAGAUAAAACUUUUGGAAAACUUAUUUUAUCAUUUUUAAAACUGAAUACAGCUCUGUCACAAGAGCAGAAAAAUCUAAUGGUCGAAGUCGUUGCCGUCAAUGAAACGUUAUUCAAAAGACCCAUGGAAAAUAUCUUAAAGAAUAUUUCUGACGUUUCGUUUGCACUUAUGGCGAGAUGCGCGCGAGAUCGGUGAUUCCAUGCGCUGAUCAGCUGAUUGGAGAUUUCAUUCGAAAAUUCGAGUUAUAGUUAACAUUGCUCUGUUCCAAUGCGAUACAUAAUUCUCUCAUAAAGUGCCUGUCGACAAUUAUUA